AUGGCUUCGAGGAACCAAUCGGAUUUCCAAGAUUUGUUGCCCCUCAUGGCCGAGAAGCUCGGCGGGGACGGAUUAAUCGGCGAGCUCUGUAAUGGGUUCCGGCUGUUGAUGGAUUCGGACAAGGGCGUCAUCACAUUCGACAGCCUGAAAAAGAACUCUGCUUUCUUGGGCCUGCAAGAACUCUCGGACGACGAUAUACGAGGUAUGCUGAAAGAGGGCGAUUUUGAUGGAGAUGGGGCGCUUAAUCAGAUGGAAUUCUGCGUGUUGAUGUUCCGGUUGAGCCCCGAUUUGAUGGAUCAGUCUCGGUAUUUGUUGGAGGAGGCUCUUCAGAGAGAAGGGUUCAAUAUACUUUGA